AUGGACAAUCCAUAUAUAUCCACAGUGGACGACUCUGAAGACAUGUCGGUGACUGCCAAGUCACUUACGGCGAAGUCAAAGUUUGAUAGUCGCUUAGGUGGAGAUGGCGGUUACUUCAGAGAAGAGAAACGCAACAUCUUCAAAAGAUGUAUUGAUUCCUUUAAGCCACCGGUCAAUGGCUCAUAUGAUCCCGAGAAUCUGAAAAGAUCGUUAAAAUCCCGUCAUUUGAUUAUGAUUGCUAUUGGAGGAUCAAUAGGAACAGGUCUUUUUAUCGGUUCUGGAAGAGCACUGGCAUUGGGUGGGCCGUUAGCACUGCUGAUAGGCUGGACUUUAGCCGGUACACAGAUGGUUGGUACAAUACACGGGCUAGGUGAGAUUACUGUUAGAUUUCCAGUUGUUGGGGCUUUCGCCGACUAUUCUACAAGAUUUCUGGACCCCAGUAUUAGUUUUGUUGUGUCAGUCAUCUAUGUUUUACAAUGGUUCUUCGUUUUACCUUUGGAGAUUAUUGCUAGUGCUAUGACGAUGGAGUUUUGGGAUACGGGAAUAGAUCCUGUCGUCUGGGUGGCCAUUUUUUACACACUUAUUGUAUCUAUCAAUUUAUUUGGUGUUAAAGGUUUUGGAGAGGCCGAGUUUGCUUUCUCUAUGGUUAAAGUUGUUACUAUUUGUAUGUUUAUCGUUCUGUGUCUUGUACUGAUAUUCGGAGGGGGCCCAACGCACGACUACGUUGGGGCUCGCUACUGGCACAACCCUGGUGCAUUAGCAAACGGUUUCAAGGGUGUAGCAUCUGUUAUGGUUACCGCUUCAUACUCUUUGGGUGGAUCUGAAAUGACCUGCCUUGCGUCAGGCGAAACUGAUCCUAAGGAAAUUCCCCAUGCCAUCAAGCAAAUCUUCUGGAGAAUAAUUUUCUUUUUCCUUGUUUCUUUGACGCUAAUUGGAUUCCUUGUGCCAUAUAAUAAUGAAAAUCUUCUAGGCGGAUCAAGUGUGAACAACUCGCCAUUCGUUAUUGCAAUUAGCUUACACGGCAUCAAGGGUUUGCCACAUCUUAUUAACGCUGUUAUUUUAGUAAGUAUCCUAAGCGUCGGUAACUCAUGCAUCUUUGCGUCUAGUCGGACGCUGUGCUCAAUGGCUCAUCAAGGCCUCAUUCCUCGCAUUUUUGGCUAUGUUGAUCGUGCAGGUAGACCAUCGGUUGGUAUUCUGGUUAAUUCACUCUUUGGACUGCUAGCAUUCUUAAUAAAGUCAAGUAGCACGGAGAAGGUCUUCGUUUGGUUAAUGGCGGUUGCUGGUCUGGCCACAAGUGUAGUCUGGCUCAGCAUCAACAUAUCGCACAUCAGAUUUAGAAUGGCUAUGAAGGCCCAAGGUAAGUCCCUCGACGAGUUGGAAUUUUACAGCUGCGUUGGAAUCUACGGUUCAAUCUAUUCUGCUUUCAUGAAUUCCCUUGUACUAAUCGCUCAAUUCUACAUUUCUCUUUUCCCCAUUGAAAACAUACCAUCCAGCGCCAGAGCUGAACAUUUCUUCCAGAACUACCUAUGUGCUAUCAUCUUGCUUAUGAUAUUUUUAAUACACAAGGUCUACUAUAGGAUAAAAUCAGGAAAAUGGUGGGAUAUGAAGGACCUCCGUGAAAUCAACUUGGAAAGAGGAAGGUUGAACAUUGACAUUGAAAUUGUAAAGCAAGAAGUUGCCGCAAAGAGGAAAUACAUUAGCGAACGCCCGUGGUACAUUAGAUGUUACUACGCAUGGUGUUGA